AUGAAUGACCAAUUCACCUCGGUUCAAUGGGACAGGGAUGAACAGUCGGAUUCUAAACUUCAUACAGAAAUGCCCAUUCCAGAAGACGAAGAUUCUGACACCAAUUCUCACACCGGGUCGGCUGUGCUGCCAGACGAAGCCUCAAACGAUGAUGAUACCGCAUUGAAUCCGCACAAGGCAGAAGUGGGCCUUGUGACUGAUGGUUCUGCCAACGGCACUCAGAGUGCCACGACUGAACCAGACUCCAUCUUCAUUGAUACCGUGGUUUCCACGCCAGUCACGGAAUACGAUGGCCAAAACUACUUCAUAUCAUACCUGGUGGAAACGAAAUCCAACAACCCUGCAUUCAAAUCAAAGAGUUUUUCAACUAGAAGGCGAUUCUCGGACUUCAACUUUUUGUAUGUUUGUUUGACCAGUGAUUUACCCACGUGCAUUAUACCUCCUCUGCCCAACAAGGAGAGACUGGAGUACCUGAAGGGAGGACGGUUCGCAGAGCACUUCACCGCCAAGAGAUCUUCUUCUUUGAACACAUUCCUAUCCCGAAUCUCUAAACAUCCGGUUCUCAAGAAUGCAAAGAUUUUCCAUAUUUUUUUGGAGGAUUCGGAUUAUUGGAAUACGUAUAAACAGAACUUGAAGAUUAGCAAGGACAUGAACUCAAGUGCUGCUGGUUCUGCAGGAAACCCCGCUGAUGAUAAGCUGGAAGCUUUUUCUGAUUAUAUCAUGAAUGCAUUUAAGAAGCCGACUUACGAAUCCAAAAAUGCAAAAGAGUUCCAGGAGAUUCUAUUGAAAUCCAAUAAGCUCCAGGACAACCUCAACAAAGUCGAAAAGAUCUAUCAGAGAGUUACCAAGAAGCAGGGUGAUUUGGCACAUGAUUUUGAUAAGUUUGGGAACGAGAUUAUGAAACUCAAUAAACUUCUGGCGAGCGAUUUCAAGACUGAUUUGCCUAACGGUGCUGGGAAUAGUGAUACCCGACUUUCUGAACAGUUCAGUGCUUUCCACGAAAACGUUCGGAAAGUCUCUGAAUACACAACAGUGUUGAAUGAGAACAUUGACUACCAUUACCUAACCUCUUUGAAGGAUCUGGACCAUUAUAUCUCGCAGUUGAAGCAUUUGAUCAAGCUUAAAGAAGCGAAAUCACUAGAUUUUGAGAUGCUUUCGAGCUAUCUAGACAAGGCCGUUGCUGAAAGACAGACUUUGAUGCACGGAGGAGGAGUCACUUCUUCUGCAGAAGGAGCUAUAGGGUUUCUGUCCAAGAAACUUGAGUCCAUCACGUCUGGGUUCACGCACUCAUAUCCUGUGGCUCAGGGCAACGCGACCAAUGAGAGAGUGGCUAAGCUAACAUCAAGGAUUGAGUUACUUGAGAAAGAGAAGGCCGCUGCUUUCAAGAUGUUCCAGACGUUUGAGAUUGAUAUCCUAAACGAGUAUUCGCUAUUCGAUACGAUCAAGAACGAGGAGAUAUUCUCCGGAUUACAAGACCUGAGUACACAUUAUCUGGAGUAUUAUACGAGCAUUGUGAAGGCUUGGCAGCCCUUAGAUUUCGGGCCAGUAACGGGCGAAUUUGAUUCUGCGAUCCCCUCGAAGUUGAAGGAUGACGAUCCGUUGUUUGAGCACAGUGACAUUUCAAAUAAUAAUGCGGCUAUUGAAGACAGCCUGAUAAAGAUCCAAGAGCAGAAGCAGAGAGAUCCUCUGCCGCAUCCACCACAAGAGAUGGAUACUCAGAUUGAUAUUCACGAAGCUGCAAACCAGAAUGAAGUCCCAGAAAUUGAGCAUAGCGAGGUUGAGGAUAAUGUCCAUCAUGUUCGUGAUGGCCCAUCAUCAGAUGAAAUUUAUAAAAAUGAAGUUGAAGAGGAGGAACACCUUCACAGUGUCUCGCAUAGCGAAAGUUAUAACGAAGAGACGUCAGAAGAGGAAGACGGCCUUUUAGGGGUUGAUUUUUGA